ACAAGACCUGUUCUUCAAAGGCACUCUCUGCUGGCUCUCCUCCUCCAACCGACCUCACCUUUCGAUAGAACAUCUUGUACGAACUCACUCGUCCUCUGAAGAGUUCCCCAUGGAGCCAGGCCUUCCGUAACCCGUCAAACCAUGACACUAGCACUAUGGAGGGGCCGUCAUGGCCAUGAAGGGAAAGAACUGCGUGGCCAUCAUCGCAGACAGGCGUUUCGGGAUCCAGGCCUAGAUGGUGACCACAGACUCCAAGAAGACCUAUGGGUGACAGGCUGUACAUAGGCUUGGCUGGGCUGGCCACCAACGUCCAGACAGUUGCCCAGCGCCUCAAGUUCCGGCUGAAUCUUUAUGAGCUGAAGGAAGGUCGGCAGAUCAAGCCCUACACCCUCAUGAGCAUGGUGGCCAACCUCUUGUAUGAGAAACGGUUUGGUCCCUACUCCACAGAGCCUGUCAUUGCCAGGUUGGACCCGAAGACCUUUAAGCCCUUCACCUGCUCCCUAGACCUCAUUGGCUGCCCCAUGGUAACUGACGACUUUGUAGUCAGUGGUACCUGCUCCGAACAGAUGUAUGGGAUGUGCGAGUCUCUCUGGGAGCCCAACAUGGAUCCAGAACACCUGUUUGAGACCAUUUCCCAAGCCAUGCUGAACGCCGUGGACGGGGAUGCUGUCUCGGGCAUGGGCGUCAUUGUCCACAUCAUUGAAAAGGACAAGAUCACCACCAGGACACUAAAGGCCCAGAUGGACUAACCCUGCG